AUAUCAAUAGAAGACACCACUGAGCACUUACGACCCUUCAAGGUUGCAAGCAAAGGACAAGAAACUAGAAUUAUAUAUUCGGGGAAUUAUGUAAUAUUAUUCCUUUGAACAUGCUACCAAUUCCACAGGCUAUUUCGUCCGGUGUUGGACAACAAAUUCCAAAGUUCUUCCUAGCCGUUACAUCUUGUCGGGGUUUACAUCGUCUACCUUUACACGAAGAAUGGUCUAAGCUUGCAAGCAAACAACUAAAGGGCAAAGAUCCUAAUGAAAGCCUAACUUGGCACACAGUUGAAGGAAUUGACAUUAAACCGUUAUAUACGAAAAGAGAUGGUGAACAUGUGGAAGAUGAACUUCCUGGGAAGUUUCCUUUCACUAGAGGUCCAUAUCCUACUAUGUAUACUCAAAGACCCUGGACUAUCAGACAAUACGCCGGAUUCAGUACAGUAGAGGAAAGUAACAAAUUCUACAGGGCUAAUAUAAAAGCUGGACAACAAGGUUUGAGCGUCGCUUUUGACUUGCCAACGCACAGAGGAUAUGAUUCCGACAAUCCCAGAGUCCAUGGUGACGUUGGUAUGGCUGGCGUAGCUAUUGAUUCUGUCGAGGAUACUAAGCUCCUGUUCGAUGGAAUACCUUUAAACAAGAUUUCGACUUCAAUGACAAUGAAUGGAGCUGUCUUGCCUGUACUUAGCAUGUUCGUUGUUGCAGCCGAAGAGCAGGGUGCAAAACAAUCAGAACUUGCUGGUACAAUACAAAAUGAUAUUCUUAAAGAGUUUAUGGUUAGAAAUACUUAUAUUUUCCCUCCUGAGCCUAGUAUGAAGAUUAUUGCCGAUAUUUUCUCGUAUACUUCACAAAAUAUGCCCAAGUUCAAUUCGAUCUCCAUCUCUGGCUACCAUAUGCAAGAAGCUGGAGCAAACGCAGUUUUAGAAAUGGCCUUCACCAUUGCCGAUGGACUGCAAUAUUGUCGAACUGGCCUAGAAGCUGGUUUAGCAAUAGACGAUUUCGCACCUAGGUUAUCGUUUUUCUGGGGCGUUGGUAUGAACUUGUAUAUGGAAGUCGCAAAGAUGAGAGCUGCACGUAGACUAUGGGCAACCUUAAUUAAAGAGAAAUUUAAUCCUAAGAAAGAAAAGUCCAUGAUGCUCAGAACACACUCUCAAACAAGUGGCUGGUCAUUAACAGAGCAAGAUCCUUAUAAUAAUGUUAUAAGAACAACUAUUGAAGCUAUGGCGGCUGUUUUCGGCGGAACUCAAUCCCUACAUACGAAUGCUUUCGACGAAGCUUUAGCUUUACCAACAACUUUCUCAGCUAGAAUUGCAAGAAAUACGCAGAUUAUCCUGCAAGAGGAGAGCGGAAUUGCCAAAGUAGCUGAUCCAUGGGCCGGUUCAUAUAUGAUGGAGCAAUUGACCGACGAGAUUUACGACGCUGCUAAAAAAAUAAUCGACGAUAUUGAAAACAUGGGUGGUAUGGCUAAAGCGGUUGCAUCAGGAAUGCCUAAAUUGAGAAUUGAGGAAUCUGCUGCCAAGCGUCAAGCUCGUAUUGAUAGUGGUCAAGAAACAAUUGUAGGUGUUAAUAAAUAUAAACUACAAGAAGAGGACACUAUCGAUGUCCUUGAAGUUGAUAAUACUAAAGUAAGAGAACAACAAAAGGCUCGAAUUGAACAAGUGAAGAGAUCCAGGGACCCAACUAGAGCCCGUGAUGCAUUGGAUAACAUAACGAAAUGUUGCGAAAGUGGAGAUGGGAACUUGUUAGCUUUGAGUAUCGAAGCUAGUAGGGCUAGGUGCACAGUUGGAGAAAUAACCGAUGCUAUGGAAAAGGUUUGGGGAAGACACGUCGCAACUGAUAGACUGGUUAGUGGAGCUUACAAAACCGAAUAUGGAACUGCAGGUGAAUUAGAAAAGAUUUCCCAAAGAAUCGAUGAAUUUGUUAGCCAAGAGGGCCGUCGACCUAGAAUUCUCGUGGCGAAAGUUGGUCAAGAUGGGCACGAUCGCGGUGGAAAAGUAAUUGCCACUGGAUUUGCCGAUGUGGGAUUUGACGUUGAUGUUGGCCCUCUAUUUUCAACUCCACAAGAGGCUGCUCAACAAGCUGUCGAUGCAGAUGUUCACAUUGUUGGCGUUUCGUCUUUAGCCGCUGGCCACAAGACACUUGUACCUGAAGUUAUUGAAGAACUAAAGAAAAUGGGAAGAGAAGAUAUUCUUGUUGUCGCUGGAGGUGUUAUACCACCUCAAGACUAUGAAGUAUUGUUCAAAGCUGGCGUGGUAGAUGUAUUUGGCCCAGGAACCCCUAUCCCAACAGCCGCUAACCGCAUAAUGGACGUUUUACUCGGUCAGAAAGUGUCUCAUAAAGAAACUAGCAACAGUUAA